AUGUUACCUGAAAAAGAUCCGGGAAACUCUGAAGUCACAGAGCUAGCACCCAACACGCCACAAGAUGAAUUAAAUUCACCACCUGCUCGGUCUAAAUUGCUUGGGUGCUUUCAGGUUCUAGGUGCUUUUUUCAUCCUAUUCAACGUUUGGGGAUUAAAUUUUGCGUUCGGAUCUUUUCAAAGCUUCUAUGCGCUGAAUUAUAUUCAAUCUUCCACUGCAUCGGACAUUGCCUGGAUUGGCACAAUUCAAUCCUGGCUCUUGAUUGUCGGAGGCUUACUCUCCGGUCCGCUCUUUGACCUCGGCUACUACAAAACAAUGAUCUUUGCCGGUAGUUUCUUGGGUGUCUUGGGUAUGAUGAUGCUGAGUCUAGCACAUCAAUACUAUGCCAUAUUCCUCAGCCAAGGAGUAUGCAUGGGUGUGGGGUUUGGUCUCCUUUAUGUGCCAAGUAUCACACUAGUCAGUCGCUCGUUCACAUCACGAAGAGCCGUUGCACUAGGUGUAUCAACUAGCGGGGCCCCCGCAGGCGGAAUCAUAUACACUGUCAUGUUUAACCAGCUGAUAUCGAGACUUGGGUUCCCGUGGACGGUUCGUCUAAUGGGGUUUGUGAUGCUCGGCUUGUUCAUUGCAGCUGCGAUCCUUCUUUUACUUCCUGAGAGAGGAUCUCGCAAACUUGAAAUUACCCAAAGCAGAAGCUUGAUCGAUCUCAAGGCCUUCAAAGAUCUUCCUUUCUGGAGCUUCACUGUUGCCAACUUUUUCCUCUACCUUGGGUACAUCACGCCAUUCUAUUACAUUCCAACUUACGCCGAGACCAAAUUGGGAACAUCGCGCACUAUGGCCUCCAAUGUACUUUUGAUAUCCCAGGCAUCCUCUGUCAUUGGCCGUGUCAUCUUGACCCUGUUUGCUCACUAUUGUGGGUCCAUGGUAUCCUGGAUAUCAUGCGGUAUACUUUCCGGCAUUCUAUGUCUCACGUGGAUUAGCACAGACAGCCUGGCUCGAUUCAUCCUAUUUGCGGCUUUUUAUGGCGGUAUCUCCGGAGCGCUGAUCCCUCUCCCGCCCAGUGUCUUUGCUCACGUCUGUCCGGAUCCCAAACGCCUUGGUACCUGGCUAGGAAUGGCGCAAAGUCUGAGCAGUUUUGCAUCCCUGCUAGGUCCACCAAUAGCAGGCGCACUUGCUUCGAUCAACUCGACCGGUAGUGCUGAUUUGAACUUCCUUGGCAUUCAGUUAUUUAGCGGAAUUACGAUGGCGUUUGGUGCACUUCAGUUGUUAGGGCUCUGGUAUUUGCUCUACACCAAACGUGGCAAAAGGGGAUUUUUUUAA